CAAUAAGAACAACAACACAGCCCUUUGCUUCCAGAUUCUCUAAACUCAUUUCCACCUAUAUUAACACUUCAAUCUCUCUCUCUCUCUCUCUCUCUAAGCUCAAAAGAUAACAAAAGGGGUUUCUUCUUCAUUCACUCACCCAUUAAAGUUUCUUGUUUUAUCACUGUUUCCCUUCUCUUUCUUCUUCAACUUCAACUCCACCUUCUAUCUCUCUCAAACAAACCACAUUGCUUCUUUGGGUGUGUUAAAAGUCUUCAACUUGAAAUGGAGCAUGUGUGUUGCUGAACAUUUUUUCUUCUAAUUUUCUUCUUCAUACUUUCUGGGGUUGCUUUGGAUUUAAAAGGGUCUUCUUAAUUUCUUGAAACCCUGAUGGGGAAAAUUCAUUUGUCACAUUUAAUGUUGUUUUGUUUGUCGAUGUUUGUUCCUUGUUUGUGCCAACAAGAUGAUUUGGAUAAUGUUACUACUUCUGUUUAUGUUGUUACUUUGAAACAAGCUCCUACUUCUCAUUAUUACUAUGGUGAAUUGACAAGUUUGAAUGAAAGUGGCUUCAAACAUAAUGCUUCUGGAACUGAGAAAACUCAAUUUCAGAAACCAAGAUAUGGCAAUAUUACAAAGACAGAUAAGAGAUAUGGCUCUUAUGUUACCCGAGUGCACGAUUCUUUGUUGAAGAAAGUGUUGAAAGGAGAGAAAUAUUUGAAGCUCUAUAGCUACCAUUACCUGAUUAAUGGAUUUGCAGUUCUGGUUACCCAACAACAGGCAGAGAGACUAUCAAGGAGCAGUGAAGUGUCCAUUGUGGUUUUGGAUUUUUCUGUUAGAACUGCAACUACACAUACACCACAGUUUUUAGGUCUGCCGCAGGGAGCAUGGUCUCAAGACGGUGGUUUUGAAACUGCUGGAGAAGGAAUUGUUAUUGGGUUUGUUGACACCGGCAUAGAUCCAACACACCCUAGUUUCGGCGACAAUAAAUCUGAACAUUCAUAUCCUGUUCCUGAUCAUUUUUCUGGUAUCUGCGAGGUUACUCGGGAUUUUCCGUCUGGCUCUUGCAAUAGGAAACUUGUUGGGGCCCGACAUUUUGCAGCAUCUGCUAUAACUAGGGGAAUAUUUAAUAUGUCUCAAGACUAUGCUUCUCCAUUUGAUGGAGAUGGCCAUGGCACGCAUACUGCAUCUGUUGCAGCAGGAAACCAUGGGAUUCCGGUGAUUGUUGCUGGCCAUCACUUCGGGAAUGCUAGUGGGAUGGCUCCGCGUUCGCACAUUGCCGUGUACAAAGCAUUGUACAAGAGCUUUGGAGGAUUCGCCGCAGAUGUCGUUGCAGCAAUUGACCAGGCAGCUCAGGAUGGGGUUGACAUAAUAAGCUUAUCGAUCACUCCAAAUAGACGUCCUCCCGGGGUUGCAACUUUCUUCAAUCCUAUAGACAUGGCGUUGCUAUCGGCUGUAAAGGCUGGUAUUUUCGUAGUUCAAGCCGCUGGAAAUACUGGACCGUCACCAAUGAGCAUGUCUUCCUUCAGUCCAUGGAUCCUUACUGUUGGUGCGGCCUCUCAUGACCGACAAUAUAGUAACUCCAUAUUUCUGGGAAAUAAUGUGACUAUAACUGGAGUUGGACUCGCACCUGGUACAGACCAAAACAAACUUUACAAACUAAUUCAUGCACACGAUGCUUUGAACAACGACACAUCGGUUGUUGAUGAUAUGUACGUUGGCGAGUGCCAAGAUGCAUGCAAGUACAAUAAAGAUUUGAUCCAGGGGAACCUUUUGAUCUGCAGCUAUUCAAUUCGAUUUGUUCUGGGAAUUUCAACUAUCAAACGAGCAUCAGAAACAGCCAAGAACCUUAGUGCAGUUGGUGUUGUCUUCUAUAUGGAUCCUUAUGUGAUUGGUUUUCAGCUUAACCCAGUUGCUAUCAAAAUGCCUAGCAUAAUAAUUCCAUCUACAAAUGACUCAAAGAUUUUAAUGCAAUACUACAAUUCUUCAUUGGAAAUAGACGCAGUUUCGAAGAAAGUUGUUAAAUUUGGGGCUGUUGCCGCAAUCUGUGGUGGACUAAAAGCAAACUACAACAACACUGCCCCAAAGGUUAUGUAUUACUCUGCCCGAGGACCGGAUCCAGAGGACAGUCUGCCUCGCCAAGCAGACAUUUUGAAACCUAACUUGUUAGCUCCUGGAAAUUUUAUUUGGGCAGCUUGGAGUUCUCUUGGCACUGACUCAGUUGAAUUUCUAGGAGAGAAUUUUGCGAUGAUGUCUGGCACAAGUAUGGCUGCACCACAUAUUGCAGGUCUUGCUGCGCUUAUUAAGCAGAAGUUCCCGAAUUUCAGUCCUGCAGCCAUUGGUUCUGCACUUUCUACUACUGCUUCUCAGAAUGACAAGAGUGGUGGACUGAUAAUGGCUCAGCGAUCGUAUGCUUUUCCAGAUCUAAGCCAAACUCCGGCUACUCCUUUUGACAUGGGAAGUGGUUUUGUGAAUGCAACUGCAGCAUUGAAUCCGGGUUUGGUCUUUGAUUCCAGUUAUGAUGAUUACAUGUCAUUUUUAUGCGGCAUCAACGGUUCAGCUCCCGUGGUACUAAACUACACUGGCCAAAAUUGUUUGCUAUAUAACACCACUUUAAAUGGUCCUGAUCUAAACUUACCAUCAAUAACUCUAUCAAAGCUAAACCAAUCUAGAAUUGUGCAAAGGACAGUUCAAAACAUUGCUGCUGGAAAUGAAACUUACAGUGUUGGUUGGAGUGCUCCUUUUGGUGUUUCAAUGAAAGUAACUCCAACUCACUUUUCCAUUGCAAAUGGUGAGAAACAAUUAUUGUCUGUGAUCUUGAAUGCUACAAUUAAUAGUUCUGUUGCUAGCUUUGGGAGGAUUGGACUUUUUGGUAAUCAGGGUCAUGUUGUUAACAUUCCACUUUCAGUUAUAUUUAAAAUUUCAUAUAAUAACAUUACUACUACUAGCUAACUAGUAGGGAUUAUUGUAUUUCUGUGGUUUUUUGGAGUCCUUUAAAUGUAUUAACUAUUUUUUCAUUCAUUAUUAUCAUGUAAAGGUAUUAUAGGUUUUGCUUGUAUAAAAUAGAUGUGACCAGUCCUUGGUUUCAGGAUUUAGUUUCUCUUGUAUUGUAAGCUUGAUUAUUGAAUUCUUGAUGUAUGGUUUCCACCAAGGUAGCUUACAUUUUUUGUGUGUUUGACUAAAAUAGGAUUAUUUUUUCA